AUGUGCCCGAGUCGUGAUGAAAACACAGGGGCGCAGAGGAGGCAUGGGCCACAAAACAAGCACACAGCCCCAGGGCAGGACGAGACGGGAAAUAAAAGAACUGCAGAGAAAAGGCCUUGUGUUGUGAGCAGAGUGGUGGUCCCAGAAGAGGAGCAGAGCAGACAAAGGACCCAGAGCUGCCUGCCACUGCCCACAGCUCCCACCCGAACAGAACAUACCACAGUCCUCUGUCAAACGGGGGACAACCAUCCAGGAAGAUGCCCGACCAGAGAGCUGAGCAUGUUGGGCUGGCUGGAGUUGACAGGUGUCUAUCCCAGUACAGUCCCAGUACCUGCAGAACACCUCCAGCUGGCAUGGUGGACCUCAGAGAUUGUAAGCCUGGCAAGUGUUCUGUGCGCGCACCAGACAGCCUCUGGUUCUGGAGAGUGGACAAGCCAAUUCCCCAGACAAAGAUACAACCCAGACACCAGGCACGGAGCUCCUAGCGCAACACUGCCACUACAAUUACAUUAUUGUGCCGUUCUGCCCACAAUCUGCGCUUGCAUACAGAGGAACUUUGUCAAUCGGUUGGCUUUUCCUCCCGAGGCCGUCCUGAAAUACACUUUUCACUUUUCCAAGAUCACACUUUGUAACUGA